AUGAGACCGGUCAACUACCUACCGAGACCCGACCUUUUGGUCUCGGUGUUUGCCUCCGUUUCACUAUACGGUGGCCUGGCUAUGGCCCAAGAUACCAAGGACGACCCAAAGAAUAAUGACCCAUCUGCUGUUCCUGAGGCGGCCGAUUCGAAGAAUAGCGAUGCCAAUAAACCCACCAAUACAGCCGCUGAGUCUGCCAAAGAGAGCAGUGACGGCAACAAAGCUGAGCCAGCUAGUACUGAGACGAAGGACAACGCGAAACCUGCAUCAACGAAAGACGAGCAGCCUUCGAACACGGCGGGAAAAGAAGAGUCCAAGUCUACUGCGAAAGAUGAUCAGGCCAGUACUGCGACAGGAGAGGGCCCAACCAAAACCAAAGACGUUCAGUCCACGAUCACAUCCAUCGUCUCUUCUGGUACGGAAGAGGCAAUGCCUACCUUGACAAGAUACAAGCCAAUUCCCACUUAUCCAGCUGCUUCUGUUCCCCCUACUAACAACGCUCCUUUCAUGCGGCACUCGAGUGCCCCUGACGGCACCGUGUUUAUUGCAGUUGGUGCUAUCCUUGGCGCUCUUGGGCUCGCCAUCCUACUUUGGCGUCUUAUUGUUGGCAUCCUCCUCCAUCGGUCUGUUGAGCGAGCAGCCAAGGCCCAACAUGACGAGAACGCAAAGACUGGCUUUCCUGCACCCCCUGCACCGUUCUACAAAUAUACUGAUACUGGAUCGACAAUGUCUCUCUCUGCUGGUCGCGGCGUGCGACGAACCACUCGUGGACCUGUUCUAUCAUCAACCCCUAGCGCCUCCAAUCUGUUCUUCUCCCCGACUGCUGCAGCAUCAGGCAAUGGGGCUGGCAAUCGUGGCUCUGCAUUUUUACCAUCUGGUUUUUAUGCGGCUGGCACGAGCUCUCCCGGUGGCCACCAUGAGAAUAACAUCAGCAUGACCAACUUACGCCCUGAUUCACGCGGUCACUUUGGCACUCCUUCACGACAUACCUUGAAUCCAAGCCCUCCAGAUUCACCUUCAUUCCAAGGCCGAAGGGAUAUCAGCAAUUCGACACUCAAUCUCAAUCGACCCUCAAGCCAACGUGCCCCUAGUGCGUUCCUCGAAGAUCUCCUCGCUGACGAUCCUUCGAGUCUUCCGCCUCCACAUAUACCUGCCUCGACCGCCAGGCGCUCGUCGUAUGGCAGUGGCUCUACUGGCGCGCACAACCGAAUCUAA